ACUUCUCAAGUAUAAGGCAAGCAGCAGUAGAGCAGCGAGGGACUAGUCGAAUUAGUCACAUCAUCGCUUUGGAUCAGCAACUAUGUUGAACCAGCUUGUUCUCGCGGCUCUUUUGCCGGCCAUCAUGGCCAGCCCCAUAGCCCAACGGAGCCAAUCGGCUGUUCCUUCGGGCAUGGGAGGUGUUAUGUACCAUAACAAUAUACCUACAGCUGCGGCCAAAGCUAUGGAUAUGGAUCCGACGUCCAUGAAGAAUGCGGCUGUCAAGAAGAUCUCGGGUAUGGGAGCUGAUGUCCCCCACAACGAACCAAAGCCCAACGUCAAGCACAGUGGCAGGGUGGCUUCGCAAACUAAGAAUCACGCUCGUGCUCCUGAGCCAACCGUAUUCGUCUCACCUACACAGGUUGUUGGCCGUCAGAUCAACACAACCAUGCUCAAUGACAUUUCCAAGAACGCCGUUUCUUUCGCAACUGGCAUUGCCGAAUCUAUCGCCAGCGGUCUCGCCAAUCUUCCCCCUUCCAAGAGAUCCAAAACGCCAGUAUCGUCCUCCAGUGCACCCCAAGCGGCGGCAACCGCUGCUACUAACGCCACGAGUGCUGCUCAAGGAAAUUGUGAUUGUAUCGGUGCCUGCUCUGACAUCGAAGGCAAAUCGAAACAAAUGAAGUGUAUCAAAGAGUGUGCUAAGACCUGUGACGGCGACGACGAUUCUAAAAAGAAGAAAGAUCCGGUAAAGGAUCUACUUGGUUCUCUUGGCCUCAGGGAAAUUAUCCCUGCCGAAAUCGAGCACGCAAAGAGACCAAAGCCGAAGCCGAUCAAGAUCUCCCAGGUAACCAGCGAAGAAGCUUUCGAGGAGUGUAUGAAGAACUGCAAGACCCACAACUGCCAGCACUCCAGCGUCGGUCUCAGCAUUGACCAGUGCGGCAAGACGUCGUGCGAGGAGACUUGCGCUAAGCACAGGAAAGGAAUGUCCGGUAAAAAAAUCAGUAAGAAGGGACUUGAAUCUGCGGAUAGCUAUCCGGCCGCAAAGCCGGCGCCGAAGCCAGCACCGAAGCCGCCUAAGCAUCAAGCCGCUGCGGCUAAAGAAGAGGAAGAGUACGAAUCUUGCAUGCAGGAGUGCAAGACUCACAACUGCCAGCACUCCAGCGUCGGGCUCAGCGUCGAUCAGUGUGGUGACACUUUCUGCGCGGAUGGAUGCGCCAAGUAUAAGAAGGCUGAGAAGUUCGCAGCUGAAAAAAUGGUGCACAAAACGUAUCUCAGGGCUGUCGACGGUUACCCAACCAAACCGGAGCCCAAGCCCAAGCAUGACAUAUCAGCGGCGGGCAAGGAAAACGAGGAAUUCGAACUGUGCCUGAAAGAGUGCCGAACCCACAACUGCCAACACUCAGGCGUAGGACUCUCUGUCGACCAAUGCGGCGAUACGGCAUGCGCGGAUGCCUGCGCAGGGUAUAAGCAUACUGCUGCUGGUGUCAUUCACGGGGGAAUGCAUGCUCGGGAACAGCUCAACUAUCCUACAUCUCCCAAGCCGGUCCCUCAGCCCGCCCGUGUACCAACUCCUAAGCCAGCUCUGAAAUCACACCCGCACCCGACACACAAAGCUACCAUCGCCAGCGAGAACGAAGAAUUUGAGGCAUGCUUGAAGGAGUGCAAGACCCAUAACUGCCAACACUCUGGCGUCGGUCUCUCUAUCGAUCAGUGUGGCGACACCGCGUGCGCCGAUGCUUGCGCCGGGUAUAAGAAGAGCGCGAAGGCCGGAUCCAAGAGUACCCACAAGAGACAAGUCCAGCCCGUCCCCGAGAUCGAGGCUUUGCCAGCUGUACCGGCCGUGGCUCCUCUCCCGGCUGUAGAACCACUUCCAGCAGUUCAAGCGGUGGCACCUCUGCCGGCACUUCCUAACGUUGCCGUCGCCCCCAACGCUGCACCCGCUCCCAACAAGCCGGCGACCCCUGUCACAGCCUCUCCAGCCGGUCCCGGCUCCCACCCCCCGCCGGACGUUCCAGUCGCAGCUAAGAAAGGCUCUGAGGACUACGAGGCCUGCAUGAAACAAUGCAAGUCGCACAACUGCCAACACACCUCCGUCGGUCUCGAGACCGAACGGUGCGGCAAGACUUCCUGCGAGGAAGAAUGCGCCUCGUACCACGAAGCGGACGCCGCCGUCUCUGGAAAGGAGAAGGUCAAGAUUCCAGGUGCCAAGCUAGUCCCGAACCCGGUCGCUGGCCCGCCCAUGUUGGCCGUACCCAAUGUCCACGAUGUGCCCGUCGCCGAAGGGCAUGCCAGCCAAGAGUUUGAAGACUGCGUUAAGAAGUGCAUGACCCGCAACUGUGAGAAGACUGGUGUCGGGUUAGGCACCGAGCAGUGUGGCGAUACAUCAUGCGAAGAGAAGUGCGCAAAGGGUAGGAGUGAGGCUGCUUUCCGCGCCCAUGGCAAGGCGUAAGCUGUCUAUCAGGUUGAUUUACCAACCCAUUCCGCCACCACAGGUAAAAUACCUGAAGAAUCUUCGUUUUGCUUACCGCUAUCUUCAGAUUGGGACAUAAUGGCACCGAAAAAAACGAACCCCCUUAAAAACAUUCAAUACUGUCCACAGUCGUUUCCUUUAUGACUGAUGAAUCAGACUGACGAAAUCAUGAAACCUCGUGGGCUUUUUUCCUCUUUAAACCUCAAUGGUUUCCAGACUGAG